AUGGGUCAAUUUCACAAAGCUGAAGAUAUUUAUCAAGUUUCACUUGAUCAAACAAACGAUGAUGAGAAUAAGGCGCCUAUUUAUCAUCAAGUUGGUAUGCUCAAACGAAAUCGUGGAAAAUAUGAAGACGUACUUACAUUCUAUAAAAAAUCGCUUGCUCUCUAUCAAAAAACUCUUCAUCCCAACCAUCCUGAUUUGGCAAUUUCCUACAACAACAUUGGUGCAGUGCAUUACAACAUGGGUAAUUAUCCGAAAGCACUUUCUUAUUAUGAAAAAACCCUUGAAAUUCAACAACAAUCACUUCCUUCCAAUCAUCCUGACUUUGCUUCGUCCUACAACAACAUUGAUUUAGUAUAUGAAAACAUGGGUAAUUACUCAAAAGUCCGUAAAUUUUAUGAGCGUGCUGUACAAAUAGCACAACAAUCAUUACCUUCCAAUCAUCCAACUUUACAACAACGAAGAAAGAAUCUCGAACGUGUAAAAAUAUAUAAUAAAUUGUAUUGCUAUGAAAUUUGUUUUUAUGAAAUAGAAAAAACAAACCUUUUUAAACGAGAAAAGAAUUGUUUUAAAUGCGCCUGGGUACAGAGAAACUCUGAUGUUGUUGAGACACAAACGGGUGGUAACACUCAUCAGUAA